AUGCCAGAUUUUCUUUCUUUUUCCUUUUUCCUUUUUCUUUCUCUUGACCUUUUCUUCUUCUUUUUUUCUUGUUCCUUUCAUCUUUUUCUUUCUCUCGUCCCUUUCAUCUUUUUCUUUCUCUCGUCCCUUUCAUCUUUUUCUUUCUCUCGUCCCUUUCAUCUUUUUCUUUCUCUCGUCCCUUUCAUCUUUUUUCUUUCUUCCUCGUCCCUUUUCCUUUCUUUUCCUUUUCUUCCUCGUCCCUUUCAUCUUUUUUCUUUCCCUCGUCCCUUUUUCUUUCCCUUUUUUUUCUUUCCUCGUCCCUGUCUUUUCUUUUUUCUCCUUUUCUCUCAUGCACUUCUUCCUUUUCCUUCCCUCAUGCACUUCUUCCUUCUUCCCUUUUCUUUUCCCCCUCAUGCACUUCUUCCUUUUCUUUCCCUCAUGCACUUCUUCCUUUUCUUUCCCUCAUGCACUUCUUCCUUUUCUUUCCCUCAUGCACUUCUUCCUUUUCUUUCCCUCAUGCACUUCUUCCUUUUCUUUCUCUCAUGCACUUCUUCCUUUUUUUCAAACUGCCAAGACAGGCAUAUGUCUUCUGUAGCAAUGGUUGUGAGUAGUUCUUUGAGCUGA